GGCACCUGCUUUUUACCACUAUUGGCCUGUGCCCAGGACUGACUACUCAGAGUCAAUGGUGCCAGGUCGGAGUCUUGGGUGGCAGAGGUGGCUGGGGGGCUUUCUGAUCCUGGCGGUGCUGGGUCUGUCCGUGGCCCUGGUCAUCUUUGUUGUCAAGGCCAACAGCAAAGCCUGCAAGGAUGGCCUCCUAGCAGAGGAGGAGUGUCACGGUGUCACCCGCCUCCUGGAGGUCCGGCUAACCCAAGCCUGGGAAGGCUUACUGAGGAACGAGGUCCAGGCUGCCACCUGCAACGAGACUUUGGUAACCCUGUUGGCUUCCCUGGAGAUGGAGAAGGCCCAGAGCCAGGAGUGGCUCGCGAAAGGGAAGGAGCUUCGGGGAGAGAUUGAGGAGUUGAAGCACAAGCUGCAGAACGCUUCGGUGGAGGUGGAAAGACUGAGAAAAGGGACUGAGACCUCGAGCAAGAAAAAGGAAGUCGCGUCUGCCAGCUCCUUGAAAGCGCUCAGCCCCUUGGUGGUCUCUGUGCACCUGCUCCUGGCCUUCGUUGCUCUGCUGGCCUGA